UUCAGCGAGGAUGCUCUUCCUGGCGGCGCUCGUACUCUUCCUGGUGACAUCGCUGCUAGUCGUCAUCGUCAUCUUCUGCGCCAAUGACACGAGCGACGGUGUCAUGGGGCGCCUCCAUCGAUGGCUGCUCAACGACGUGCCCAACGCGCUGGGCGAUGCGAUCUUGAGCCUGUGCGGCGAACGCGCCCAUCGUCAAGUGAUAGCCACCGUGCAGUACGUGCUCUACGAACGCAAUCCGCUCAUGCAGAUGGUCUACCUCUUGCUCGUGGGCGGCGGCUACGGCCUCUUUCUCAUUUACGGCCAACCGCUGAUUCCCAACGUCUACCUCGCCCCGCACCACACGAUAUGCGUCCUGUUCCUUGCGACAGCCGCGCUCUGCACCUUUUUCCAAGCCUGCUCGACGUCUGCUGGCAUCUUGAACGAGCGCACGUCGCGAUGGCAUGAUCAUUACCCGUUCGACGGCGUCAUGUACAAGAAGGACAACACCUGCAGCACUUGCAAGUGCAUCAAGCUCGCUCGUUCCAAGCACUGCACGGUCUGCAACGUCUGUGUCCCGCGCUUCGACCACCGUUCGUCGGUGCUCAAUGCAUGUGUGGGCGAGCGCAACUACAAGAAUUUCCUUGCCUUCAUCAUCACCAACGCUUGCUUUCUUGUCUACGGCGCUUAUGUGCUGACUUGCAUCCUACUGAGCGAAGUGGUCAACCUGCAGCUCUUCCAGUCGCAGUUUGUCGACCAGACGACCGGUGCGCCGACGAACGCGACGACGUUUAUCGUGUUUCGCUACAUGCUGCACAUCCAUCCGGUCAACAUGAUGCUCCUCUUCAUCUGCGUCGUCAUGGGCGCGGCCCUGACAUUAUUUUCGCUCUUCCACCUGCGUCUGGUGGCGCAGAACCGAACGACCAACGAGUUUUUCAAGCAACGCAGCGUGCGCACCGCACCACGCGACGCCUACACGCUCGAGUCGCUGUGGGCCAAUGUCGCCGAGGUGCUCUUCCCUGUUUGCGACCAGCGCCUCCAGAAGGCGCUCGACCUCCACCACGCCAAGGCCAAGCAAGAGUAAGCACCAAGCAACAACAUGGCAUCUUACUCG